CGGGUGGCUGAGCUCUGUUCAGUAUGCUUCGAAUAUUUAUAGUGGCCUGCACCCUGCCCCUGUGGGGAAGGGCAUUCGAUGACCCCUGUAAUCUGGAGGAAUACUACUCCGUGGCAGGGUUUUCCAAAGUGACAUGGUUUGAAGCCAACUUCAUCUGCAACAGCGUGGGCUCUGUUCUGGCCACGGUCAGAAAUUAUGAUCAGCAUCAGUACAUGCUCAAUAAAGUCUUUUUGCAUGGUAAGGUCUUCGGCAAGAAAAACUUUUGGCUGGGUGCCACUAACCUGGUGGAGAGCACCUACUUCUGGACCUGGCUGAGCACUGGCCUGCCUAUGACUUAUGCGGAAUGGGGAAAGGACGAACCCUCGUCAGAUAAAACUAAAAAAGAUGCCUGCCUCGUCCUGAAAGGCGACAAAUUCUGGCACAGUGCGUCCUGUGAAGAGAAGCACUUCUUCAUUUGCGAAAACGUCUGUCUUCUGAAUGAUACGUCGCUAGACCAAAGCGUCUUUAUAUAAAUUAAAUAAACAUACUUUGCGCAUAAA